AGUGUCGAGUCCCCCUUCGCCAUGUACUCGAGUCGGCGAGGCAAGGCGAACGGGAUCGCGGGGGACCUGCUCAACGAGUGGGCGCGCUACGGGAACUUCUCCGUGUCCGUCACCGACAAGGCGUCGAGGGUCACGAGGUACCAAAACAGCAUCUCCGGCGGCGCGCUGGGCAUCGUCGGUGACAUAGUGGCAGCUCGGAAGGAUAUGGCCGUCGGCGCGUUCCUUCUCACCCCUGACCGGCACGACGCCGUCGCGUACGCUCGUAGCGUCACCAACUUGUACUACGAGUACGCAGUGCCGACGGGGCUGGCGCCGUCCACGAGCCUGGUCAACCUCUUCAACGAGCUGGAAGCCGACGUGUGGGUGUACGUCAACAUCGCCCUGGUCGUGGUUGCCGCCGUCGUGCGGGUGCUGUGGCGGCACAGCUCCAGACUUCAGCGCGCAGACGGCGCCGAGGACGAAGAGUCGGUGCCCAGCUUGGUGGGCGCGCUCACCGUCCUGGCCGCCGCGAUGGUGGAAGUCCCCGCGCCGGCGCGCUGGAGGAGAGAGCCGGGCAGCCCGCUGCGGAUCAUGCUGACGUGCUGGAUCCUGUUCUGCCUCGUGCUCAACACGGCCUACGAGAGCAUGCUGCUGAGCAGGCUCACGACCUCCGUGGAGGAUGACAAUAUCCAUUCGCUGGAGGAGCUGGCCGAGCUGGAGAUGCCCUUGUACGUGUCGCCCAGCGUGCUGCACUACAUGCGGAUGGUCAUCAACGAGUCUAGCCUGGCGUCGAACAGCCCCUUGGGCAAGGUGCUGCAGCACGCCUUCGUAUGCCGCUCGGACGUGUUCGGCAUGGCCUUCACCGGGGUGGCCGUCUGGAGGAACAUCACUGCGCUCUGGGUGCGCCAGGCCACGCUGUACGCGCUGCAGCGCCUCGAGCACCGCUACCACGACGGCGCCGCCGUGGACUACAGCCUCCACAGCUUUGGCCGCACGCUAGACAUGCCCGUCACCUUCAUCGUCUUCCCCAAGGGCUCGCCGCUGGAGGAGCAGGCCAACCACGUCCUGGAGCGACUCCUCGAGGCGGGGGUGCUGAGCUACUGGAUGGCCGGCCUGACGGACGUGAAGCGGUGGGCGGCCCUGCGCGCCCGCGGCCCAGACCGCGUCACCAUCACCAUGAAGCACGUCAACCCCGUCUUCUACAUGCUGGAGAUCGGCCAGGGCGCCGCCUUCGUCGCUUUCCUGGGCGAGCUCUGGUACGCGCGCAGGGCGGCGCGGAGAGCGCGCCGCCAGGCCAGAGCGGCCACGGCCAACAGCACCGCGUCGGCUGGCACCGAGGACGUGGCCUCGAGGACGGCGUCGGCGAUGGGUUUGCCGGUGCAUGCAGCGUCGGGUACAGGUGCCCCCACAGAGAACGUCUCGAGGUGACGUGUCGUGCACAACGAGGUGAGUAUGCUGACCCAAGACGGAUGACCUGCAGGGGCUGGGUGGCAUAAGUUAAUUUAUAUUGAAAUACAACCAUUU